AUGUCUGCGGCGGUACUUUUGUCCGAAACUGUGAUGGCAGAAAAGAAGCAGGACUUACAGGAUACGCAGCGUUACUGGGUUCGCAUCACUCUGACAUCCGUGGCUGUGAAGCCCUUGGAAAAGGUUGCUGAAGAUGUAAAAGCGCGGGUUGAGGAUAUGAACCUUAAGCUCAAGGGACCUGUCCGUCUUCCGACUAAAACUCUCAGAAUUACCACCCGUAAGACUCCAUGUGGUGAGGGUUCUAAAACGUGGGAUCGCUACCAAAUGCGCAUUCACAAACGUGUUCUGGAUAUUUACACAACAUCUGAAACUAUUCAACGAUUGACGCUCUGCGACUUGGAUCCAAUGGUUCGUGCCGAAGUCAAGAUUGAAGGAGGCAGUACGUAA